AUGUCUUUAAUAAAAAUGUCAACCAACAAUACAAACGAAGAUUACUUAUCAAGUAAUGAUAAAGUAAUACAUUAUUUACAAAAUUCUACAUGUAAUUCAACAAAAUCUAAUAAUUCAUUAUCUAUGCUUAAACGAUCACCAUCAAGUAAUUUAUAUCUUUUACAAAAUCGUUUACGUUAUUGUUCAGAAAAUGAUUCAAUAUCAUCAUCAUCUUCAUCAGUUAUGGAUUCAUUAUCACGAUCAGAUUUUAGUUUGGAAUCAAGUUUAUCUGAUCCUAUAGCACGUUGUAGUACAUUUAAUUCAAAUAUAUCAUCAGAAGAAGAUAUUGAUUUUAAUAUUGGAUUUGAUCAAAUAAGUGAUGAUGAUGAUGACGAUGAUUAUGAUGAUGAUGAAACAAAUAAUAAAUAUAUUUUAAAUAAAAAACAAGCUGAUACAGUUACAUUACAUGGUAAAUCACUUGAAGAUUUACACAUUAAAAAAUUAGAAGAUUUUAUUCAUCGAUCUUCUAGUGCAACAAUAUUUAAUGAUAAUCAUGAAUUUAAUCAUGAUGAUACAAUAGUAUCAAAUUCUACAAAACAACAACAACAACAACAUAGUUUUUUACAUGAUUCAACUUAUACAUUAUGUUCACAAGAUCCUUUCUCAGCUUAUACAGAAGAUCAUGAUCAUGAUCUAGAAAAUGAACGAAUAUCUGGAUUUAAUAUACGUUCAAAUUCAUUGAGUGCUCUUCGAGUUGAUCAAAAAUCGACUUUAGUAGAAAAAGCACCAAAGAAAGCUGUUCGUUUUGCUGAUAUGUUGGUAUGUUAUUGA